GCCGCCGCUGCAGCUGCUGUAGAGAUGGCGGAGGAGGAGGACGGGGAGCUGCCGGGGCCCCGACCGGCGCUGGGGCCUCGUACUGUCCGCCUUCUCAAGUCUGAUAGCGGCUACGGCUUCAACGUACGGGGCCAAGUGAGCGAAGGCGGCCAGCUCCGUAGCAUCAAUGGCGAGCUGUACGCGCCGUUGCAGCACGUCAGCGCUGUGUUACCGGGAGGCGCGGCGGAGCGGGCCGGCGUGCAGCGGGGGGACCGCAUUCUGGCCGUCAAUGCAGUGAAUGUGGAAGGGGCAACACAUAAGCAAGUGGUGGACCUGAUACGUGCCGGAGACAAGGAAUUGCUGCUCACCGUCCUCUCCGUGCCUCUUCAUGAAGUGGAAAGCCUGGAUCCCAGUGAUGACUCCUCGGGCCAAUCCUUCUACGACUACACCGAGAAGCAGGCCAUCCCCAUCUCCAUUCCCAGCUACAGCCACGUGGAGCAAAAUGGGGAGAAAUUUGUUGUCUACAACAUUUGCAUGGCUGGCCGACAGCUGUGCUCUAGGCGGUACCGUGAAUUCGCCAUCUUGCACCAGAACCUCAAGCGGGAGUUCCCUGACUUCGGCUUCCCCCGGCCACCGGGCAAGUGGCCCUUCUCCUUGUCGGGGCAGCAGCUGGACGUGCGCCGGCGUGGCCUUGAGGAGUACCUGGAGAAAGUGUGUUCAGUGCGGGUUAUCGGCGAGAGUGAUGUGGUGCAGGAGUUCCUCUCGGAGUCCGAUGAGAACUACAAUGGGGUCUCGGACGUGGAGCUGAGGAUCGCCUUUCCUGAUAAGACCACGGUGACAGUGAAGGUGAAGAAGAACAGCACCACUGACCAGGUGUACCAGGCAGUUGCAUCUCAGAUCGGCAUGGACAGUGUCACAGCAAACUACUUUGCUUUGUUUGAAGUGGUAAAUCACUCGUUUGCACGGAAGCUGGCACCCAAUGAGUUCCCCCACAAGCUGUAUGUCCAGAAUUACACAUCGGCCAUGCCCAGCACCUGCCUCACCGUCAGAAAGUGGCUCUUCACCAUUGAGGAGGAGGCCCUUCUCAACGACAGUGCUCUGGCCGUCAUUUACUUCUUCCACCAGGCCGUUGAAGACGUGAAGCAGGGCUCCGUCAAGCUGGGUGAGAAGACGUACCAAUUGCAGAGACUGGCUGAGCAGCGCAAGAUGGUCAUGUACCUGAACGUGGUCCGCAGCUGUGAGGGCUACAACGAGAUUAUCUUCCCGCACUGCGCCUGUGACUCCCGACGGAAAGGCCACGUGAUCACUGCCAUCAGCAUUAAGCACUUUAAACUGUAUGCCUGUACGGAAGCCGGGGAGCUGGAGAAUCAGGUCAUCAUCUUCGAAUGGGGAGAGAUGCAGCGAUGGGACACGGAUGAGGAGGGCAUGGCGUUCUGCUUUGAGUAUGCCCGAGGCGAGAAGAAGCCAAGAUGGGUGAAGAUCUUCACGCCCUAUUUUAAUUACGUGCACGAGUGCUUCGAGCGGGUCUUCUGCGAGCAGAAGUGGCACAAAGAGGUUGAAAAUGAGACAUCUGAUAAGGACAACAAGAACUGUAACGAGGACAACGUGUGCAGCAAGAACAUCUUCCAGAUCCUGCGAUCCCAGCGUAGGUCAGCCAGCUCUUAGCCCUCUGUUGGCUGUCGAUGGGCAUGUGUGCUGGCCGGGAGCGACAGAGGAGAAGCAGAUGAAGUAACGUGAAGCUGUUGCUGUCCUGGGCUUGUGAACCCAUCUGUCCAGACCUAUAGGAUCACACCUCAAAUCCUCUUUAAUCUGUCAGGGGGAGACAUAACCAAGGAGGAAGUAUGCUCUGGUGGUUGGGGUGGCAAGCUGCUGGCUGAGGUGCCCUGUUCAUGGGGUGGGUACACUUCCCCAGGUCCAGUCUGUGCCUCCCAACUCUCGAAUGUGCCACCGUGGCGGAUCUCUUUCCCAGGACACACAGACACCCUCACACUUACCAUUCCCCCACUGGCUCACUCUCCAACCCUCUGCACUUGCCCCUGAUUGUGGGGUGGGAGAGGUGGCAGGGGUUGGGGAAGGUGGUGGGAGGUUGCCCAUUGCCAAGGAAGGACCAGAAAUAGGAAGAGGUGAGGUACAUUCUCAUCACCUCUCCCCACCUCCUUCAGCAACUGGGGCUUAGGGUGACACCUCCACUGAAUGACUCCCUAACCUUUUGAGUGCCAGUCCACAUUCCCUGCCAUCCAGCCCAUUAGUGGGUGGGGUAUCUCAACUGUCUGUUCCCUCUGAGCACUCCCAAGUGGUCUGAUCCUCCUCUGUGGCCCCAUACAAGCCGAUGGAAGGGCUGGCUGGGUGAGGAGUUAAUUUGGUACCUGACUGCCUCUGCUGCAAGAUCCUACCUGGCACUGAGUUCUGUUCGGUCCACUGGCCCUGUAAUGUGCUGCCUCUUCAUGGCCUGAGGUGACCGUGUGUGGGUGAGUGAGUUUCCUGCCCUGGGUACAACGAUGCGUGAUAGGCUCACCAGUGAAACAUUCACAGGGUCACUGGGUCCUGAGCAGUAAACUCCUAGUGCAGAACCAGGCCCAGUAAUCACCAUCCACUUGUGCCAUUCCCAUUUCCCUCUCCCCACAUUCUCACCGAUUCCUUCCCAGAUUCUAUGCCUCACCCAAAUACUGAGGGGGACGAUUCGCAGCGGCAGAUUAACCCCCUGACCCUGCACGUCAUUGGGAUGUGGGAGGGAAUCGGAGCCUGUGGGGGGGGGGGGGGGGGGAGAACCCACAAGGUCGCUGGAAGAAUGUGAAGACUCCACACAGACCACUGGAGGUUGGGAUCGAAUCAAAUCCAGGUCUCAGACAAGCUCCGGGGUCUCGUGGUAGGGACUGGGAAUUGUCACUGCCCGGCACUACAGCACUGUACCCCAGCCAGUGUUCACAGUCACUCAUCCCUUCUGUCCUAUCCAUUCCAUCAGGAGUUGUGACUGAGCGUGGAUCAUCGAUAUCAUAGUCAGAGUUAUAUUGCACGGAUGCAGGCCGUUUGGCUUCAUUUGUCCGUGCUAACCUUCCAGUAUAAACCUUCAGUUGUGUUCAAAAUCCCUAACAACACUAAUAACUUCAUCUGUAAAAAGAAAAUUACCAAAAAUGAGGUUCAUUGUAAUUAAACUGUAACAUAUUUUAAAUAAAUCUGAUUUUUCUC